UUGCUCUGUCUCUCUGCGGAAUGCGCACUACACUUGUGAGUGGGCAGAAAGCCGGGCGUCACAGAGAAAUCGAGGUCUCCUCUCACACAAUCCUUGCUUGAGUGCUCAGGUUUCGGCCGAGUGCCUUGAGAAUCGCUUUUACCCAGUUUUUCAUUUUAAAAAGCUUUCUAUUGAGACCUUAAAGAUCGUUUUAACCCUUUCUCCACACUAUUCAAGGGUUGAAUAGCUUUAUAUUACUCUCAAAGAGAGUGUUAGCCCCGAGGCGUUGACUCUGUGAGUGCACAUUUAUUUCGUCCAGGAAAAUGGCAAAGGAUGAUAAGAAGAACGCGUGGAAGGAGUUCUUCUGGAACCCGAGAACGCGCGAGUUCUGCGGGAGGACCGCGAGCAGUUGGGGUCUGAUCCUGUUGUUUUAUCUGGCAUUCUACAUUUUCCUGGCUGGAUUAUUUGCUCUCACCAUGUACGUAAUGCUGCAGACGCUCGAUGACCACAGACCAACAUACCAAGAUAGACUUUCAACUCCAGGGAUGAUGAUCAGACCUAAAGGAGACCAGCUGGAGAUCGCUUACACCGUGGAGUACACAGAGACCUGGGAAAGAUACGUCCAAGCCCUCAAUAACUUCCUCUCACCCUACAACGACACAGUCCAGGCCCAGAAGAAUUAUGAAUGUAAACCGGAUCAGUACUUCAUCCAGGAGGACAGUGGCAACUUGAAAAACUUCCCAAAGCGCUCCUGCCAGUUCAAACGCUCCAUAUUGGAGAAUUGCUCUGGGAUCGCAGAUCGUUAUUAUGGUUACAAUGAUGGCAAGCCCUGCAUUAUCAUCAAGUUUAACCGUGUUAUUGGUCUUUUGCCUGCUAAGGAUGGGCAGCCUCUUUAUGUUACAUGUGGUGCUAAGAAAUACAAAGUUGGGAAAGAUGAGUGGGCAGAUGACACAGAUAAACUUGGUGAACUGGAGUACUUUCCCCCAAAUGGCACCUUUGACCUUAUGUACUACCCAUACUAUGGCAAGAAAGCCCAGGUGAACUACUCUCAGCCUCUAGUGGCCAUUAAGUUCCUCAACAUCACCAAGAAUGAGGACGUCAAUGUGGAGUGCAAAAUCAACGCUAACAACAUCCCUGAGGGAAGUGAACGAGACAAGUUUGCUGGACGCAUUUCCUUCAAACUGAGGAUCAACUCCAGAGAUUAAACAGGCGAAAGUGUGUUUCAUUUCUUUUACACACAGACACACACACACACACACACAUACACAAGUCCUCCCCAUCUAAAAGAGUGUAGGAUUAUGCACAGAAGGCACAGCUAGAUAAGCCAGACAAAACAAUCCUCAGCACAGACAGAGAAGAGAAAUACUCAUUUCAAAAAAAUAUUUUUGAGACUAUUUGAGUUAGCAAUGAAGUUUUUGUGUGUACAUCAGUGUCUGUGUGUGUGUGUUUGCAUGUGUGAGCUGAGGUACACUCUUAAAGAUUAAGGUACUUAAAAGGUUCUUUACAGCAAUGCCAUAGAUGAACCAUUUUUGGUUCCACAAAGAAGAAUUCAGUCAAAGGUUAUUUAAAAAAUCAUCUCUUUCUAAACUUUUUAUAAUCUGAAGAACUUUCUUUUGCCACAAAGAACCUUUUGUGAAACAGAAAGCUUUUUCAGAUGUUAUAGGUUCUUUAUGGAACCACUUAGACAAAAAAAGGUUCUUUUAUGGCAUUGUGAAGCACAUUUUUAAGAUUGUAUCACAGUAUUUAUUUUCUGAAACACACAAUUUGAAUUGCAUGUUCAGCUAUAAGAGCUGUUUAUUACAAAUAAUAUAUUCUAUUAAAACAGUAUUAAGAAAGGGAUGUCAUUUAAAAAGAGAGAGAGAGAAAUUCCUAAUAAAUAUGCUGUUUUCUUCCCUCAGUAUCUGUAUAAAUUUAGCAGAAAUUAUUAUAAUUUUAAAGCAGGUAUCUAUAAACUAAUGUGGCACAAUCUCAUGUGUGUUUGGAUCAUCUCUUGACUGCUGGGAUUUAAAAAUAAUUUUUUUGCAUGUGUGUAUCAGUUCUGAAGAGCGGUAUUGAAACCUCUCCUCUGUCUGAUAUGUGGCUUUGUAAUUGAAGAGGAUAUUAGCAUAACUAACAUUUAGCUAAUGCUGUGCAUGAUGAACAUCCUCCUAAGCACA